AUGUAUCGAGUUUGGAAGCCACAAUACGAAAUCGAGUUGGCAAAGUGAGUUUUUUUGAGGGGAGGGUAAUAAAAUAAAAAUCUUUCUAUAAUUAUAGUUUUACGACGCGCUGAAAUUUGUUCUCUUAUCUUUAAUUUUCGUGAUAAAUAUUCAAUUGUUUUCUGAAGAAAGUCCAAUUUUUUCCUUUCUUUAAUGCUUCUGAAAUUUUUCGCUUAUCUUAACUUUUUUUGUGAAAAUUUCUGUAUAAAAGUACGGUGUUUUAGUGAUAAAAAUUCAUUUUCAAAUUUUUUUCUGAAUAAAAAUUUUGCAAGUUCAGUCACAAAAUUCUUCUGAAAUUUUUUCGCUUAUCUCAUUUCUGUAUAAAAGCACAGUAUUUCAGUGAUAACAUUCAUUUUCCAAAAAUAUUUUUUAAACUUUUCUAAAAAAAUAUUUCAUUUUUCCAGUCAAAAAAUGCUUCACGUGCCGACUGAUGGAUUGUUGGGCUCGAAUUUCAGCUGGGAAGAUGUGGAACGAACGAUUGGUGAUGAUUUCAAGUUUGGUGAGCGGAAAACGAUUGAGCCGUUGGGUGUUGGAGUGGUGAGUUUUUCAGCGGGAAGAUUUUGAAAUUUUGCGUCAAUUUUAGAUGUUACUGUAGAUCAAAUGUAAAAGAAUUCAUCGACCAAUUUUUGGGGGUUACUGUAGAUUAAAAUUCAUAGAAUUUUUUUACCAAUUUUCCAGUGGUACGGUAAAACCUCUUCAAAAUUAAAUGAAUAUGAACAAUUUUAUAGGAAUUGUCGAAAUAUGAAUUUUCUUCAGAUCUACAGUAAUCCUAAAUUCCUCAUAGUUUUCUAUAGAAAUCUAGAAAAUCUAACCCUUUCGAAAAAAUGUUCAAUAACAACUCCAAAUAUUUUAGUACCUGUUCAUUGUUUGUCUAUCCGGUUAAAACCCGGACUUUCGAAAUAUUCCAAAACAAUUCUUAUCGCAGUUUUUAUUGGGAACAGGACUUGUAACAAAAAUAGUAGAUAUGAUAUCAAUAAAAAUGAUGACUGUUUAGAAAUACGAAAGUUCCGUGUUCAAAAGAUUAAAAAGUUGUUUGUGUGUUUUGGAAUUUGGACCUGAUUAUAACAUGGCAAUUUUUCUUUAAAAAAAGAAGUUUUAUUUUAGGGUCUUCAAUCGCUUCUUGGUGUAAUUCACUCGGAUUCCAAAUCCUCGAAAGUUCCAGAAACUUUUGUGUUGAAAAUCGGAUCACCAAUUGCUCUUCUCCGUAAGUUCCUGAAAUAGUCCUGCAGUGCUUUAACUCUCUAAUUCUCAGACUUUUCUCCAAAACUAUUUUUUUUCUAGAAGCCUUAUCUGAUCAAGCUGCAAAAGUUCCACCAGAAGCAGCUGCUGAACUAGUCAAAGAAUUCGUCAGUUUCCUUCCACCAUGUCACAAUUCGGAAAUCUAUUUCUACGAAAAGUUCCAAGCUCUCCCAAUUGCCCAUUCGCUUUCCCAAAUCCCUCAAUAUUUUUUCGGCGAAAAAUUGGAGGCUCUCGAAGGUGGAGAUUAUACCAAAGGAUGUAUUGGAAUCGAAUAUAUUGAAAAUGUGUAUAGUUUGAGCCCGGCGCAAAACUUUAGCGAUGAACAAGUCAAACAGGUGUUGAAGGUUUUGGCGAAAUUGGAAGUUGGAUUUUUGAAAGUGUCGGAGAAUGAAAGUGAACAACAAACUCCACAUGAUGGAUUUGCUGGUUUAUAUAAAACAUUCAAGGAUUGGUUUUUGCAAAUGAAUAAUCAACUUUUGGGAAAUGUUCCACCAUUGGCACAAUUUGCACAACAAUUCACUGAAAUUCUCCCAGAAAUUAUAACUUGUGAAGAAGUUGAUAAAUUAUCAACUGCAUUAGGAAUCAAAAAAGUUUUGGUUCACGGUGAUUUAUGGGCAGCAAAUAUUAUGUGGAACUCGGAAACUAAUAAUCUCGAAAAAAUUGUUGAUUUUCAAAUGAUUCAUUUUGGAUUAGCUGCAACUGAUUUGACAAGAUUUUUUAAUACUUGUUUGAGUGCCGAAGAUCGAAAAUUGAAAUGGAGAGAAUAUUUGAAAUAUUUUCAUGAUUCGCUUGUCGAAGAAGUUGACGAUCAAGAAUUGCCAUAUACUUAUGAACAACUCGAACUUUCCUACAGAUUGGUUUAUCCAAGAAGUUCUGCACAAUUGUUACCACCGUUAAGUGCUAUUUUGGAGGUAAUUUACUAGAGAAAUUUUGAGAUUCAAUCAAUUUAAUUUCUUCAGAAUGUCUCUAAACUUCCGGAUGACGAGGUCAAACAAGCGGCUUUGGGAACUGUGAUUUCGAAAAUCGCCGGAAUUUAUGCGGAUAUUAUUGAGGAACAUAAAAAUCGUCCUAAAAUUUAA